AUGAGUGGUUUGGUACGACUUACUGAACCCAAAGCUUUCAAAAAAGUCAUUGCCGCCCAGGCACUUGACUUGGCGCUGCAAAUUGCAAUGCUGUAUGCUCCACUUUCCCUUGUGCUGUGUGCUUCCAUUAUAAGCCAAGAUUUGUGGUUCAACUGGAGCUUAACUCAUGCUUUGGCUCAACUAUCUUUGCCUCUUUUCUUCAAACAAACCUGGAACUCUUCGUGGACAAGCAAGUCGGUCUUUGAGAGAUUCUGGCUAGCUCAUGGUACAAUUCCGGGCCAUGAUGGCUUGAAUUUUCAGUUAGGCUUCCUGGUUGCUGCUUCAAUUGCAGCCUUUGCAGUUAAGCAGCUUAAUGUAAAAACUGCAAAGUCAUCAGACUCUUCGGCCAAACGUUCGGAAAAUGGUGAAGCAAGCUAUGAGCAACAUCAAAUCAAAGGAGAUGACAAAGAACAGUUUACAUAUUCUGAUGAUAGCAUUAAAGAGAAGGAUGUGGAGGAAGAAGAAGAGGAAGAAGAGGUCAAAUUGAUUAAUAGCAUAUUUAACCGGGCUCAAGGUACUCUGCCUGGUAUAGAAGAUGAAGAUAUUUUACCUGAAUUUGAAGAUCUUCUGUCGGGGGAAAUCGAAUAUCCAUUACCUGGGGAAAAGUUUGACAAGGCAGAGAAAGACAGGAUUUAUGAAACUGAGAUGGCAAACAAUGCAAGUGAACUGGAACGUUUGCGCAACCUAGUAAAAGAAUUGGAGGAGAGAGAGACCAAGCUUGAAGGUGAAUUGCUUGAGUACUACGGGUUGAAGGAGCAGGAAUCAGACAUCGUUGAAUUACAAAGGCAGCUCAAAAUUAAGACAGUUGAGAUUGACAUGCUUAAAAUUACCAUCAAUUCCCUGCAAGCUGAGAGGAAGAAGCUUCAAGAAGAGAUUUCACAGGGAACUUCUGCCAAGAAGGAAUUGGAAGCGGCAAGGAACAAGAUAAAGGAGCUGCAGAGGCAAAUUCAGCUUGAUGCUAACCAGACGAAGGGCCAGUUAUUAUUGCUCAAACAACAAGUUUCUAGUCUUCAGACAAAAGAGCAAGAAGCUGUGAAAAAAGACGAAGAGGUUGAAAAGAGGCUGAAGGCUGUGAAGGAGUUGGAGGUAGAAGUUGUUGAACUUAAGAGGAAGAACAAAGAGCUUCAACAUGAAAAGAGAGAGUUGACUGUUAAGCUGGGUGCUGCUGAAGCUAAAGUAGCAUCCCUCUCCACAAUGACAGAGACAGAAUUGGUUGCCAAGGUAAGAGAGGAGGUCAAUAAUUUAAAGCAUGCAAAUGAAGACCUGUUAAAGCAAGUGGAAGGACUUCAAAUGAACAGGUUUAGCGAAGUUGAAGAGCUAGUGUACCUUCGUUGGGUCAAUGCAUGCUUGAGGUAUGAGCUCCGGAACUACCAAACGCCUUCAGGAAAAGUUUCAGCACGUGACCUGAAUAAAAGUCUGAGCCCCAAGUCCCAAGAGAGGGCUAAACAACUAUUGUUAGAAUAUGCCGGAUCAGAACGAGGACAAGGAGACACGGAUCUUGAAAGCAACUAUUCUCACCCAUCUUCUCCUGGAAGUGAGGACUUUGACAAUACUUCCAUUGACAGUUCUUCUAGCAGAUACAGUUUCAGUAAGAAACCUACUUUAAUUCAAAAACUGAAGAAAUGGGGCAGAAGUAAAGAUGAUUCAAGUGCCUUUUCUUCACCAUCCAGAUCCUUCUCGGGAGGAUCUCCGGGCAGGAUUAGCAUGAGCCACCGACCAAGGGGUCCAUUGGAAUCCUUGAUGCUAAGGAAUGCAGGUGAUGCUGUAGCCAUCACUUCGUUUGGGAAGUUGGAGCAGGAUGCUCCUGACUCUCCUGGCGACUCACUAAAUUCUGUUGCUUCAUCUUUCCAAGUAAUGUCUAAAUCGGUGGAAGGAGUUUUAGAUGAGAAGUAUCCUGCCUAUAAAGACAGACACAAGUUGGCCUUAGAAAGGGAGAAGCAUGUUAAGGAAAAAGCAGAACAAGCAAGAGCAGUUAAGUUUGGUGACAGUUCAGAUUUUGCAUUUAGAACAAAGGGGGAGAGAGUUUUGCCUGUAACUUUGCCGCAAAAACUUUCCCAAAUAAAAGAGAAACCAGUUGCCUCUGGUGAGUCAAAUGACCAACCUAGUGAUGGUAAGGAUGCUGAUUCUCAGACAAUAACCAAGAUGAAACUUGCCCACAUCGAGAAGAGGCCUCCUAGAGUGCCUCGGCCUCCUCCUAAAUCAUCUGCUGGUGCUCCAGUUGCUACAAAUACCAAUCCUUCAGGUGGAAUGCCACCUCCACCACCUCCUCCACCAGGUGGUCGAGGCCCACCAGGUGCACUGCCACUGCCUCCAUCACCUGGUGGACCUCCUCGUCCUCCUCCUCCACCUGGAAGCUUGCCAAGAGGAGCAGGAAGUGGUGAUAAAGUUCACCGGGCUCCGGAAGUAGUAGAAUUUUAUCAGAGUUUGAUGAAACGUGAGGCAAAGAAGGAUGCAUCAUCUUUGAUUUCUUCAGCAUCUAAUGUAUCAAAUGCUCGCAGCAACAUGAUUGGGGAAAUCGAGAACAGAUCGUCUUUCCUGUUGGCUGUGAAAGCUGAUGUAGAAACUCAAGGUGAUUUUGUCCAGUCAUUGGCAACUGAAGUUCGAGCAGCUUCUUUCUCGAACAUAGAUGACUUGGUGGCCUUCGUAAACUGGCUCGAUGAGGAAUUAUCUUUCUUGGUUGAUGAGCGAGCAGUUCUCAAGCACUUUGAUUGGCCUGAAAGUAAAGCUGAUGCAUUGAGAGAAGCAGCUUUUGAGUACCAGGAUCUCAUGAAAUUGGAGAAGCAAGUAACAUCUUUUGUUGAUGAUCCCAACCUCCCAUGUGAAGCUGCUUUAAAAAAGAUGUACAAAUUGCUCGAAAAAGUGGAAAACAGUGUAUAUGCACUACUACGUACAAGAGACAUGGCUGUUUCACGAUACAAGGAGUUCGGGAUCCCAACCAAUUGGUUAUUAGAUUCAGGAGUUGUUGGCAAGAUCAAGCUCUCGUCAGUGCAGUUGGCAAGAAAGUACAUGAAACGUGUUGCAUCAGAACUUGAUGCAAUGGGCGGACCUGAGAAAGAACCAAACAGAGAGUUUUUGGUACUCCAAGGCGUUCGUUUUGCUUUCCGUGUUCAUCAGUUUGCUGGAGGCUUCGAUGCAGAGAGCAUGAAGGCUUUUGAAGAACUGAGGAGCCGUGUACGUUCACAAAUGGGAGAAGAGAAUAAGAUGGAAGGACCAUAG